CUUCCCUCCAUCUUCGAUUCCGAUUCCCACUUUGAUUUCCAAAAUUUCGCUUUUUUUUUUUGGAGCGAAAACUCAAAAUUUAUCUUCUUUCUUUAAUUUACUAAAACGAAGAUGCAGAAAUCUCCCAAAACCAAACCCUAGCUUUCUACUUUUUCCCCUCUUUCUUCUCUUCCGUGUUUCCCAGAAAAUUUCGAGAUCUGGGUUUCGUUGUUAAUGGCGGAAUUUAGUGACCCACCACCGUCAGAUCUCUCUUCUUCUCCUGAAUUAGCUAAACCCAACAAAACCCUAGAUGAGACUUCACCAACCGCGCCAAUCAGAGACCUUGUCACUCACUCGCUCUCUAUCUCCUCGCCGAUUCGUCAGAUUCAGGCUUAUUCUCCGGCGAAACACGAUGGGUCUUCCCCUUCUCCGUCUAACAAAACCCUAAUUUUCAAUUCGGAGGAAAACAGAGAGAUGGACAAAUAUGGGUCUACAGAAAAAGCCCUAAUCUUGGCUCCAGCGAACAACGACAAUCUUCUCCAAAUCGCGAGUACGUCAGAUUCGUAUCUGUAUUCUCGUCCACCAAGGAGAUACAUAGCCAAUAAUGACUGUCAAAGCGACGACGAUGACGACUUAUAUAAGAGCGAACCCGCAAAGCCUCUACCGUACUCUUGGUGGUAUCCGAAGAUUGAACCCACCGGUGUUGGUGCUGGGCUGUAUAACUCAGGCAACACUUGUUUCAUAGCUUCUGUGUUACAAUGUUUCACUCAUACUGUACCACUUAUUGAGAGUCUUCGCUCGUACAUGCAUCAAAGCCCUUGCAACUGUGGCAAUGAGAAGUUCUGUGUUAUGCAAGCUCUUCGAGAUCAUAUAGAGCUUGCUCUGAGAUCUUCAGGACAUGGAUUAAGCAUUGAUGGAUUUCGUGAUAAUCUGAACUAUUUUUCAUCUGAUUUUAUGAUAAACCAACAAGAAGAUGCCCACGAGUUUCUACAGUCGUUUUUAGAUAAGUUAGAGAGAUGUUGCUUGGAUCCUAGGAAUAAGCCUGACUCUUCUCAAGAUUUAAACAUUGUUGACAAUGUCUUUGGUGGCCGUCUCAUGAGUACGCUUUGUUGCCGCAAUUGCAAUCACGUUUCCAACACAUUUGAACCUUCUCUUGGAUGGAGUUUGGAAAUUGACGAAGUUAAUAACCUCUGGAGUGCUCUUGAAUCCUUUACACGUGUGGAAUCACUUGAGGACCAGUUAACAUGUGAUAAUUGUAAGGAGAAAGUCACAAAGGAGAAGCAACUCAAGUUUGAUAAGUUGCCGCCUGUUGCUACUUUCCAUCUUAAGAGAUUCAAGAAUGAUGGAGUUACUAUGAAUAAGAUCUUCGAGCAUAUUGAGGUCCCUUUGGAGUUGGAUCUGCUCCCUUUCAUGAGCAGUGACCAAAAUCCUGAGGUUUCCACUAAAUAUUAUCUUUAUGCCUUUGUGGAGCAUAUUGGGGUUAGAGCAACUUUUGGUCAUUACUCCACUUAUGUGAGAUCAGCUCCUGACACAUGGCAUAAUUUUGAUGACUCAAAGGUCACAAGAAUCAGCGAAGAGAGAGUUCUAUCGCAGGAUGCAUAUAUAUUAUUUUAUGCAAGAGAAGGAACUCCUUGGUUUUCCACUACUUUUGAACAGCUGAAGACAGUGUAUGACGCUACUCCGUCAAAUUGUUCACCAAAGUCAGUACUUGAUAACAACAGUUACGAGAGUGUUGGCAAUUCCAAUAAAGCCUGCAACGACUUGGUGGGAGGAUCGAUCCCGGAAGCAAAUUGGUCAGAUUUUAGCUGUCCUGAACCAAAAGAAGAAGUGUUCCAUUCAGCUGAGUCUAGCAACGACGAAGAUUCUUCGGUCAUGAUUGACGCUCUCAAGUCACCUGAGGCUGAUGAAUCUGAGAAACCAAUUGCUGAAACCUCUCAACAGAGAGAACCUGAGUCAUGUCAAGCUGCCAAACAAGCUAACAUCGAUGAAUCUGAGAAGCCAUUUGCUGAGACCUCCCAACAGAAAGAACCUGAGUCAAGUCCAGCUGCCAGCAGAGCUAGCACAGAGGCCGCUCAAGUCCCUCUGCUUAAAGUUCAGAAUCAAGACAUAUCUCCAAAACGCAAAGCUGGUGAGGAUGGCGCUUACCAACCUAAGCCCAAGAUUCAAAAACCAAACUCCCGUCCGAGACGCCAAGGAAGCUUUCAGAUUCAACGUUCGCAUUUGCAAACUAAGAACCAAGAAGAAACACGUAAAACAAAGCCGCUGGCCUUAAGAAGCAAUGCUGCUACAGAUCCCAAGGAAACAGAUAUUGCUCUUUCAUAUCUCAGUAGGGUUCACACACCUCGCUCUCGAGCAUUUGCUAGAGUUUUGGUUGGUUCUCCUAUCAAGAAAAACAAAUUCAGAAGAUAAAAAUCUAUUCAACUGUGAAGAGUUUUAGCUAGAGAGAUAAUGAAAAGUUUGUUCUUUUGGUUUUUUUUUUUGUGUUUGGAGUUUUCUUGUGAAUACAAAACUCUGAUCAAAUUUUGUUUUGAGGCUCCAAACCAAAAACUUCUUAAGGUUUGUUCAUAUAUAAAAACAUUUCUCUAUAAA